CUGAAACUACAAGGCUGAAGUAAAAAUGCCACAACCACUGGGGGCUUAAGUGAAAAAUGUCAUAAGUGAAAAUUCUUAAAACGCCGUCGUAAGGUACAGCUGCUGCUUUCUUUUCUUCCCAAAAUUGAGGAUAUACUGGCAAAUGAGAAUUAGAACUGAAGCCAAUUCUAUCACCAGUAAGGUCCCAGACCCCUGAUUUCAAAAGGGUACAACUCAAAUGUGUUAAAUUCUCGUCUUCUUUUAGUUUUGGGGGGUUCCAAACGGACAAGUGCGUCUCCAUAACUCAAGACCCAAUGCAGAAACUAGUGCGGAUGACUCUUUCUCGUUCCCCGCGUCUUCUCAAACCCCAUAAUCACCUCAAGAUUCUCAAAAGCAGUAGCUUGGGUGGUGUUGUAUGCAAGGUGUUCGACGAAAUGCCUGCUUGUGUGGACCCAAUUGGUAUCGCAAGGUUUCCAUUGGAGGGUCACAGAUGGGUGCAUUCGGCUCCGGAGCACAAAGCUGCGGCGCCAGUGGAGCGUUCUGGAGAAGGUAAAGUCGAUGAUGGUGGCGGUGGUAAUGCUAAAGUGAAGAGGAAAAAGCUCAAGGGGAAACGAGCUGUGGUUAGGUGGCUCAAGUUCUUCAGGUACAAGAAGAAGAAAGAUUUCGAGAGAAUGACCGCGGAAGAAAAGAUUCUACACAAAUUGAGAAAGCAGGCUCAAAGGAAAGAGGAAAGGCUACUGGAAGCUCUUAAGAAGAUCGAGCCGUCAGAGUCGGCAGAAACCGCCCAUGAUCCGGAGAUAUUGACACCAGAGGAGCACUUCUUCUUUUUGAAGAUGGGGCUCAAGUGCAAGAACUAUGUGCCUGUCGGAAGGCGGGGGAUAUACCAGGGUGUGAUUCUGAACAUGCAUUUGCAUUGGAAGAAACAUCAAACGCUGCAGGUGAUAGUCAAGACAUUCUCACCUGAGGAGGUUAAGGAUAUUGCUUCUGAGCUGGCGAGGUUGACAGGAGGGAUUGUGCUCGGAAUUCAUGAGGAGUACACGAUUAUUAUGUAUAGAGGGAAGAACUAUUCGCAGCCGCCAACAGAGAUUAUGUCACCUAGGAUCACUCUCUCGAGGAAGAAGGCAUUGGAUAAAUCAAAGUAUAUGGAUGGCCUUCGAGCAGUAAGGAAGCACAUUCCGAAGCUGGAACAGGACCUUGAGUUGCUUAGAGCACAGGCUCAAAGAAAAGUUGAAUUUAGUUCUGAUGCUAUUGAAGAAACUCCAGAAGAUAUUGAGAGUGUAGAGUCUGAGAGCUCCUCAAACUUAAAGCUGGAGCCUUCAGAUAAGCUCAAAGAAAUUUUGGAUAGAAGAAAGGAGAGCCCUGAGGAUGACCUUAUAACAGAUGGAGACAUGGCUUCGGACUCGGAAGAUUUAUCAGAUAUUUUUGAGACCGACUCUGACAAGGAGACUGAGAACAAAGCGCAACGACCUCUGUAUUUGGAAGAAUUUGAGAAGUUCCCAGUUAAAAGUGAUGGAGAGCCUGAUGAUUUUGAGGAUCAUCUGCGUCAAAUAUCCAUGGACUCAAAGAAGGCUAAAUCACUGAAUGAAGAAGAUGCUGGCUUGCCAAACUUUGAUGAGGUCGAUAGGAUAUUUCUGCGUGCUGCUUCACUGUUGAAAAAAAAGAGAAGAUGAGACACUUGU